AUGCAAAUUCGCUCCACCGAACUUUCCAAAGUUCCAGACCAAAAAUCGCCGUUGAUUGCUCAGCAACUCAUCGAAAAAGGUGCAGAUGUGAAUGUAAAGGAUACGGAGAGAGGCGAGACGGUUCUAAUGAGGAUGUGUAGAAAUGACAAUAUCUCGGCCAUGGAUUUCCUGAUGAAGCACGGAGCAGACGGACGGAUCUGUCAGAGUCCCGGGGACUAUAACGUGGUCCACGUGGCAGCCAGAAUUCCGUCUUUACAGCUGGCAAAAUGGAUUGAGGAGAAUAAGGAAAAUCUGGAUAUGAAUAAAAUCGAUGCGGAAGAAAGAACUCCACUGAUGUGUUCAGUGAUAGCAAACAAUCACAUUAUCUGUGAAUCCCUGAUCCGUACGGGCAUUGCUCAUCUCGACGUGGCCACUUCAGAAGGCCACACGUCCCUCUCGACAUGUCUUCUGAUGUCAGAAUUCCCGAAUCGUCGAAUUUCGGAGCUGCUGAUUCUGAACGGAGCGAAUGUGAAUUUCCGCAUCUACAGUAGUCAGGUGCCACUGAUCAAUGAGAUUGUAGCUAGAAGGGAUACGGUAGGUGUGGAGUCUCUUCUGGCUGCUGGAGUGGAUUGCCACGUGGCAGAUUCUCAAGGAAAAACUGCAUGCCACGUGGCGGCGGAUUCAGAAGCACUCGAAAUUUUGAGCCGGAUAGUGGAGGCGAGACGAGGGCUACGGUGGCCGAGAGAUGCGGAGGAUAAGACGGCAUUGGAUAUUGCGCUAGAGAAACGAAAUCUCAAAUUGGCCAGGAUUUGUAUAAAGGGCCACCAAUUUUUUUUUAAUUCCAGGCGGUGCCGUGUCAAUUCACACGAUAAGAAUGGGCGGAGCCUUCUGUCAAAGGCAAUUCUGGCGAAUGACGAUGAAAUUGGAGUAUUCCUCAUCGAAAACGACGCAAAAGCCAAAAAUGAAGACCGAAUUGAUGGGAAAACGUACCUAGAAGCGGCGUGUGAGCGUGGAUUGCUCAGCACAGUCCGCUCGUUCAUCUCAAAUGGAUGUAAACUCAACGAAAGAUGCUCAACAGGAUACUCUCUGGUCCAUGCGGCCUUGAAAAAUCAAAAAUUCGAAGUUGCCGCGCUCCUGGUGAGCUUUGGAUGCGAUUUGGAGUCCAAAGUGAAGCUAUCGGAGUCUGGAGACGUUUUGGAGGAUAGUGAUGAGACCUGGUCCACGUGCCAAACCCUCCUCCACCGACUUAUCGACGACGGUGACGAGCCGGGAGCCGUUUUUCUGAUAGAAAACGGUGCGGAUGUCAACUGCCGUAAAAUCUACAGUAACCCUGCCGACGAUGAUCAGUUCACACCAGCCCAUAUGGCGAUUUCAUGGGGCCAAAACGCCAUUUUGCAGGCUCUCCGGGAUAAGGGGGCGGAGCUUAGCGCUGUGGAUCAGGAUGGACGGACACCGGCACAUAUAGGUGUGCGGGAACAGAAUACGGAGGGUGUAAAGAUUCUUCUCGACGCUGAAAAUGUGGAAUUCAUACCGAUUCGGGAUAAAUUCGGACAGACGAUCUUGUCGCAAUCGAUGACCAUGAAGGAUCACGAGUUGGCCUCCCUGAUCGUCGGCCGCCAACCGCACGCCGCCGUCCAAACCAACGGAAAUGGGGAGAAUCUAUUGCAUCAGGCGAUCCGUUCGAAUGAUUUCGAAUCGGUUUUGUUCCUUCUAGCCGUCGCAAAAGCCGACCCGUGUCGAUCGAUAAACGAUGGGAGCCAGAAGACGCCGCUCCACUUGGCGGCAAUUUCAAAAAACGAGAUGAUCCUGAGAAAUUUGAUUCUAGUCAACGAAAACGUCAAUUUGCCCGCCUCCGACGGCUCUACUCCGCUUUUAGAGGCCUUAAAAUGUCGAAAUCAUCAACAUGCGGCCAUUUUGCUCGAAAAUGGGGCGGAGCCUAACUUGAAAGAUGAACAUGGAGAGAAUGGUGAGCGAUUUGAGGGGCAACGAGGGGCGGGGGAUGGAAAUUAA